CCUCUUAGUGCUAAAGAAGAUCCGGUUUCCCCCUCGUUGUCUCACUCGGGAGUCGCCAUUUUGACACACAUACAAGCUAUCAGAAGUAACGAAGAUAACAGAAAGAAAACCAUGAGUGGAUGUCGUGUGUUCAUCGGUCGUUUGAGCCCUCACGCUCGUGAGAGGGACGUGGAGAAAUUCUUCAAAGGAUAUGGAAGGAUCCGAGAAGUAAAUUUGAAGAACGGAUUCGGCUUUGUGGAGUUUGACGACCACAGAGACGCUGAUGAUGCAGUUUACGAGCUGAAUGGCAAGGAACUCUGUAGUGAAAGGGUGACUAUAGAGCAUGCCCGAUCCAGAAGAGGGAGAGGUGGUGGGCCUGGGAUGGGUGGCGGGGGUGGAGGAGGAGGAGGACGCUUCUCACCUCGUUUCAGCAGCUACCGCCAGGGGUCUGGUGAUCGCCGCGGUGGUGGCGGGUCCAGUAGGUACGGGCCCCCGGUGAGGACGGAACACAGAAUCAUCGUGGAGAACCUGUCGUCACGCAUCAGUUGGCAGGACCUGAAAGACCUGAUGAGGAAAGUUGGGGAGGUCACCUUUGUGGAUGCCCACCGAACCAACAAGAACGAAGGGGUGGUGGAGUUUGCAUCGCACAGCGAUAUGAAGAAUGCCAUCGAUAAGCUUGAUGGAACAGACUUGAAUGGACGCAAGCUGAAGCUGUCUGAGGAUCGCAAGAGCCGCCGCAGCAGGAGUCGUUCCCGUGGCUCUCGUAGCUACUCCCGGUCCCGUAGCCGCUCCCGUUCCCCCCGCUCCAAGUCCCCCAGCCGUAGCAGGAGCCGUAACCGCUCCAGGAGCCCCCGCUCCGCCAGCCGUACCCCGGAGAAGAAGCCUUCCUCUGGAGGAGGGGGCAGGGCUGCACAUCGCUCCACCUCACGCUCCCCGUCCCGUUCCAAAUCCCGUUCCCGUACCCCUCCCGCACGCUCUCGUUCCCCUGCCCCCCGUUCCCGUACCCCUCCCGCACGCUCCCGUACCCCUCCCGCACGCUCCCGUUCCCCUGCCCCGGCCCGGAAGCCAUCUCGGUCCCCAUCGGUGGAGAGCCAGCACUGAGUGUACUGUUCAGUUCAGUUUAGUGAUAGUCCAGUGGAGGGAGGAGAGACUCAUUGGAAUGGCUGGAAUGGAACACUGUUUGAUUGGGUUCUAUUGAUUCCAUUCCAAUGAGUCAGUCCUCUGAUUUUUAAAGUGACCACCAGUCUCCACUGGUGUAGUGGUAUAGACUGAAGCGUUGUCAUGCUGGAGCCAUGGCGCCUGGCUUUGUGCCGGCCCGCCUGCUAGUCUGGGUUGUAAUGAAGAGGAGCAUUGCCUUGGGAGUGAUGCCCUCUCCCACAAUCUCGUUAUUUUUUUAAAAUCGGAGCUUUGGUCCUGAUUGGUCCAGUUUCUCUUGGCUCUGUACUGGUUGUUAUGUUAUGAUUUUAUAGGUUGGAUUGUGCUUCCCUAAUUCAACUUCUAAUUUAGGCUUUAUUGCUAUCUGAAUAAUUAAAACGUUUCCUUUUGAAAACCGAACCUUUUUUUAGUUAAUGAAAUGUACAGUGUGAUUUUGAGAGCUUUUGAUUGGGGUCGCAGUCCUGUUGAAUAUCUGUAAUAUUCUCCCUGCAGGUUGUAAGUGUCAUUGUGAUUUAAGUUGUAUGAAAUGUACCAUUUUUGAAGUGAAGAACUUUGGCUAAGCUUUGUUGUGAGUAAUCAAUACAAUGUUAUUUCCAUCACCAUUUUUGCCCUGUUGGUGUUCCAAUCCACUUUCCUGACAAGAGUUAAGUUUAAAUUGCACCCGAAAUGAUUUGGAUGGGUGUGAAGUCAUUUCCCCUACGAUUGGUUUUGUUGCGUUUUAAAGUUUUUACUGAUGAUGCUGAAAAAUACUGUGAAUAAGCGCUUCACAAAUUAUCUUGUGGUCAUGUACGUUUUUUACAUUGCUUUUACAUAAGACUACAAUUGCAUAGUUUAAACCUCCAAUUUUAAGUGUGCAUGCUUUCAGUUGAACUCCUGUCUUCGGUGUACUCGAUGGGCUAGCCCUGAGUGUCGGUGUGGAAGAUUCCGGUCAUAAUUUGACUCUCUUUCUGUUCAAAAUGACUGAACUAUAAAUGUCCUUAUUUACCUGUGGCUCCGGAGAUCUGAUGUCCUUGAUUUUUCUGCAGUUUGCUUUAGAUUCUGCUCCUUAACAUUUUGUUGUCUCACCAGACACGAGGCAGACAGCGGUGUCUGCAUGUUGUAGCCAGGGAAAUGUCUGUCAAAUCUUAAUUCUUGAGUCAACUGAUUUUGCUACAAAAAUAAAACAAUCCUUGCAAAUGUA